AUGGGGAAAACCUGCUUAAAUUGUCAACCGGGUCAAUAUCAACCUAAAGAAGGAGGGAAAACCUGUUUAAACUGUCAGGCAGGUCACUAUCAACCUAAAGAAGGUGGUAUCAACUGCACAGCUUGUCAACCAGGUCAAUAUCAAUCUAAAGAAGCUGGAAAAACAUGCUUGAAAUGUCAACCAGGUGAAUAUCAACCCAAGGAAGGAGGGAAAGCUUGUUUGAAGUGUCCACCUGGCAAAUAUCAACCUAAAGAAGAAGGAAGUAGUUGCUUAAGCUGUCAACCAGGCAAAUAUCAACCAAGCAAAAGCGGAAAAAUCUGUUUGAGUUGUCAACCUGGUACACACCAACCUAAAGAAGCAGGGACAACUUGUCUAAACUGUCAACCCGGUCAAUAUCAACCUAAAGAAGGAGGGGCAAACUGCUUAACCUGUCAACCAGGUAGUUAUCAACCUAAGGAAAGGGAAACAACUUGUUUAAAUUGUAAACCAGGUCAAUAUCAACCAAAGGAAGGAGGGACAACCUGUUUAGACUGUCAACCAGGUCAAUAUCAACCUAAAGAAGGAGGAACAACCUGCUUAGGUUGCCAACCAGAAAAACGAGGGACAACCUGUUUAGACUGUCAACCAGGUCAAUAUCAACCUAGGGGACGAGGGACAACCUGUUUAUACUGUCAACCAGGUGAAUAUCAACCAAAGGAAGGAGGGAAAGCUUGUUUAAACUGUCCACCUGGAAAAUAUCAAUCUAACAAAGGAGGGAAAACCUGUUCAAGCUGUCAACCAGGCAAAUACCAACCCAACAAAGGAGGGAAAACCUGUUUGAGCUGUCAACCAGGGGAAUACCAACCCAACAAAGGUGAGACAACAUGUUUAAGCUGUAAACAAGGGGAAUAUCAACCCAAAAAAAAUGGGACAACAUGUUUAAGCUGUCAACCAGGUGAAUAUCAGCCUAAGCAAGCAGGGAAAACAUGUUUAAGCUGUCAACCAGGUGAAUAUCAACCAAAGCAAGCAGGGAAAACAUGCUUAAGCUGUCGACCAGGGGAGUAUCAACCAAGCAAUAAAGGGAAAACUUGUUUAAGCUGUCAACCGGGAGAAUAUCAACCGAAUAAGGGAGGAAAAGUUUGUUUAAAGUGUCCGUCAGGUGAAUAUCAACCACAUGAAGGUGGGAAAGCCUGUCUAACAUGUCAACCAGGUGAAUAUCAACCAAAGCAAGGAGGAAAAACUUGUUUAAGCUGUCAACCAGGGCAGUAUCAACCGAAUGAAGGGAAAACGACUUGCUUGAGCUGUCAACCGGGGGAAUAUCAACCGAAGGAGCAAGGAAAAACUUGUUUAAGUUGUCAACCUGGCGAAUAUCAACCAAAGGAAAAAGGAAAUGUCUGUUUAAGUUGUCAACCGGGCAACUACUCAAGUCAAACACACAGUGUCCGAUGUACCCCUUGUCAUCCCGGUACAUACAGCAAUGUCUCUCACUCAGCAUCAUGUACCUCAUGUCCGAAAGGUUUUUACCAACCCCACAGCGGUUCUUCCUCGUGCUCUCCUUGCCCUGCCGGACAGUUUUCUGGAGCGCUUAAAAGUAAACAAUGUCAGUUGUGUUCGCCCGGGACAUAUACCAAUGGAACUGGCUCUGCUUUAUGCAACGACUGUUUGGCGGGCUCGUACCAACCAUUCAAUGGUAGCAAGUCGUGCUUCGAGUGUCCCGCUGGUCAUUUCUCAAGCGGUAGCAAAAAUGUAAAGUGUUCCAAGUGUUCUCCGGGAACGUGCGCUUCGAACAAAGGCUCGCCAUCUUGCACAAGUUGUAAACCAGGGACGUACCAAUCCAGAGAUGGGGCUCGAGUCUGCUUAUCCUGCCCCAUAGGACACUUCUCAAGUCUUAAAAAAAGUACAAAGUGCGACGAGUGUUCUCCGGGAACUGCGUCUGGUAAAGAAGGAGCGGUGACUUGUAUUGAUUGCGAACCAGGUUAUUAUCAACCUGCAAGAGCUUCGAACACCUGUUUGCCAUGUGGUCCCGGAUCUAAAUCUAGUGUAAAUAGGAGUACAAGUUGUCGGAAGUGUUCGCCGGGCACGUCUGCCAACAAUUCCGCCAUGUCCCAAUGCACUCCGUGUAGUUCAGGUUAUUACCAACCCGCCGAAGGAUCCGUCGAAUGUUUGGCCUGUGAACCUGGUUAUUUUUCAAGUGAGAAGAAAAGUACAAUUUGUGAAGCUUGUUCUCCCGGUACCUAUGCCAAUGUACGGGCAUCGUCCCACUGCCCAAAGUGUCCUAAAGGGCAUUUCAAUCCUGCUUUUAAUGCGAGUGAAUGCAGAUCGUGUCCCGCCGGUUACUUCCAGGAUGGUGAGGGACAAUUGUCUUGUAAAUCGUGUCAAGUUGGCAACUUUUGCGCAUCGAAUGGUUGCACGGAGUGCUUACUAUGUCCUCCCGGCUCUGACACUCGCGCGAAAUCUGGUUGUAAAGUUUGCGAACUAUGUUAUUCCGGUUUUUACAAACCGGAUGGAAAAGUGUCGUGCCUGCCGUGUCGCAGUGGUUACUAUCAAGUAUAUCGGGGAAUGUCGGAAUGUUACGAAUGUCCUCGAGGAUUUUACUGUCCCUACGCUAACCAGGAGCCAGUGCCGUGUUCUUAUGACGAACCAUGUCCUGCUGGUAGUGUACAACCCGGUAAUCCUUGUCCUGCAUUAUACGAAAGAAAUGAUAAGUCUUGUUAUCCUGGCGUGUUUUUAAUCAUUCUCAUCACGGCAGGUGCCAUAGUAGGAAUUGCAACCUCUUUGUACUUCGUAAAGCGAGCCAGAGAAAGGAGAUUGUGCUUACUGUGGAAACGAAUGAUUGCGAACGACAGAAACAGACUGUUGACCAAUGAACCCAGUUACGCGGGAUGGUGAUUUUUGUGGUCAGUGAUUGCAUGUCGACCACAAACGCUAUGGCAAUUUGUGGGUACAUCAUUGGGGUACAUCGAAGUUUGUGUGGCGACAGUUUGAAUUAAUUUUCGGCAGUUCACAAAUCACGCUAUAUACCUACGAUAAUUCUGGUUAACAACGGUUGGGACGUCGACCAAAAACGCAAUAGUUAUUUGUAGGUACAUUGAAGGUUGAUUGGUGACCGUUAAGAUCAUUUUUCUGCAAUUCACAAAUCACACACUUAUUUAAAAAAUGAGGAAAUUUGUACGGGAAGAUGUAAUGGAACUCGAAUUUUUACGCAUUUGCUUGAAAAUUAAAACUGCAAAAAAACAAAAA